UUUAUUUUUGAUUGAGAAUGGCCAAGUGUGAACAUAGUGUGAAUAAAAUGAGCAGUCAUAGUUUAAAAACUGGCUCUAGCAUUCCUCAAGUACAAGGGACCAAUGACAAUAGUACACUAAGCAAAGUAUCAACCAGUAGAGUUGGGUACUACAAGGAUCCGUAUUUGAAAUACUUUACCGGCUGCCACAAGUCACCUAAUCGGGCUCCUCUGAUUCAUUGGGGCUAUUGGAUAAGAUAUUCUGCUGUUAAUAAGACACUGAUAGAAUUUCUGACUAAUUUAGGGAAUAAAGACAAUCAGGUAAUAUCUUUGGGUGCUGGUUUUGAUACAGCAUUUUUCAGAUUAAAAUCAGAAUGUGGGAACGUUGACUUGCUCAAAAAGUGCCACUAUUAUGAAGUAGACUAUCCUUCUGUUGUAGCUCGAAAACAACAUUUUAUAGACUCUGUGCCAAAGAUUAAAGAACUAGCGAUCGGUAGCAACUAUGACUUGAUAGGCUGUGACAUUACUAAAUUGAAAGAUCUUGAAGCUUCACUAAAGGGAGCUAAUGUUGACGGGGAUACUUCAACUCUGUUGAUUGCUGAAGUGGUUUUAACGUAUAUACAGCCUAAAUAUGUUGAUAAGCUAUUAGAAUGGGCUGCUUCUUUCUUUGGUAAAGCAGUUAUUUGUGUAUAUGAACAGAUUAAGCCAUUUGAUGGAUUUGGACAAGUCAUGCUCAAGCAUUUUCAUACAUUGUCUUCUCCACUGUUAAACAUUGAAAUGUAUUCAACUAGUCAGUCACAGUGCAAGAGAUAUGAAAAUGCUGGCUGGUCUGAAGUUAAUUCUUGUGAUAUGAACCAGUUGUAUUUCUCAUUGCCAGAAGAAAUACGUAAACACGUUAUGUCACUGGAGCCAUUCGACGAGUACGAGGAGUGGCAUUUAAAGUGUAGCCACUACCACAUGAUCACUGGAUUCACAUCGCCUCAAUACUGGUCUAGCAUCAUGGACCCUUUAUCUUCCAGCAGUAAUAAUGAUGAUGAAGGCAUUAGUGAUGUACUGGAGGAAUGGAGGGCACUCUAUCUUCAUACUGAGUCUCAGCAUUUAAAAAGGUAUGGCCAUGAUUCAGUCAGAUUUGAAGAUGAUAAGGUAUUGGUUUAUGGUGGAUUUGGAAUAAAGGAUCAUAGCCUAGCUCAUUGUCGUCUUGAUAAUGCUAUAAUGAUUAAGUCUAAUGGUGAGGAUUGGGAAUCAAAAGAACUGAUUGCUGGAAAUGAUGGACCUGGACCUUUAAUGUAUCAUUCAAUGACAUUACUGCCAAAAUCCAAUGAAGUCAUUCUUAUCGGUGGUAGGAAAUCUCCCAAACAUUCAAAUGAGGUUUUGUACUCACUCUCUUCCUGUGGAACAGAAUGUAACUGGAGGAUCAUUCAGUAUAAAGGCGAUUGUUUUAAAGGAAGAUGGCGUCACUCCACUACACUCGUAAAUGAUAGAUGGCUAGUGAUCAUUGGAGGCUGUGCUGUGAAUGGACAUGUAUUUUCUGACAUUUUAUUACUUGAUUCCAUAGAUUGGACAAUGAAGAAAUUACCAGUUUCUUUGCCCGAGGGUAGACACUCUCAUUUAGCAGUGAAUUAUAAAUCUUCUGUCCUCAUUUUUGGUGGCUUGAAUGCUGAUUUAUCUCCAGUGAGCACUUGCCUUCAACUUAGUGAAGAUAAAAGUCAUUUGAUGGCAGUAGAAUUCAUUCCUCAGCUACCAGCAAAAUAUUCCAUGAGUGGUCACAUCAUUUCAAAUGAUGUGCUUUUAAUGUUUGGAGGUGUAUCAAUCUCUCAGCAUCAAAGUGACAUUGUCAUUGUCAAUAUGCAGAACAGAACUUGGCAAGGUGUCAAUUUAAAGUAUCCCCCAACCAUCUCUCUUCCAUUGUUACAUGGUCACUCUUCACAUUUAAUGGAUGAUGGCAAUGUCGUGUGUAUUGGAGGAGGUGGAAACUGUUUCUCAUUUGGAACACAUUUAAAUGAAUCCCCUCUUCUAAUUCAAUGCUCCAAAUUUUGAUUGUGCCUAAUCUCAUUUUUUGCUUUAAUCAUUAAUGGAUAAU